CUUGGGUGCCUCCGGGUUGCAGAUUUGCAACCAACAUAAUGCUGGAGCUCCAAACUGGGAACAAGCAUUUCACAGCAUGGCACAGUUGGAACUUCAUCUCGACCAUGAUAUAUCGUGGUUCCUUCUACCUUCUUACUGGGCUAAAAUUGUUGUGGGGCUUAUUUCCUUCCUGUGUUUUGCUAACAGCUAUGAUGGAGAUUUUGUCUUUGAUGAUUCUGAGGCUAUCAUCAAUAAUAAGGACCUCAGGGCAGAAACCCCUCUUGGCGACCUGUGGCACCACGACUUUUGGGGUAGCAAACUCAGCAGCAAUACCAGCCACAAAUCAUAUCGACCACUUACUGUCCUAACCUUCAGACUUAAUUACCUUUUUGCUGGAGGCUUCCACCCAGUUGGUUUUCAUGUCAUCAAUAUAAUACUGCAUUCCAUUAUCUGUGUGUUAAUGGUUGAUGUCUUCUCGAUAUUAUUGGGUGGGCUGCAGUACAGCAGUAAAGGAAGAAGGCUAAACCUUGCUCCAAGAGCAUCUCCACUAGCUGCUUUACUAUUUGCUGUACAUCCAGUACAUACUGAAUGUGUUGCAGGCAUUGUUGGCCGCGCAGACCUGCUAUGUGCCCUGUUCUUUUUGUUGUCUUUCCUUGGAUAUUGUAAAGCAUUUAGAGAAAAUAAAGAAGGAAUCCAUUUUUCUGUAUUUUGGGUGCUGGUGAGCGUUCUCCUAGGUGCAAUAGCCAUGCUGUGCAAAGAACAAGGAAUUACAGUACUGGGUUUGAAUGCUGUAUUUGAUGCUCUGGUGAUUAGCAGACUAGAUAUUUUGGAGCUUAUUCACAAGGUACUCCAUAAGGACAAGUCACUGGAGAAUGUUGGGUUGUUUAGAAAAGGACUUCUCUUCAGGAUCACUCUUCUGUUGUCUGGAGGGGUCACUAUACUCUACAUACGGUGGAGAAUCAUGGGCACAGGACCACCAGCGUUCACUGAAGUAGACAACCCAGCUUCAUUUGCAGACAGCCUACUCAUGAGAGCUAUAAACUAUAAUUACUACUAUUCGUUGAAUGCAUGGUUGCUGCUCUGUCCCUGGUGGCUGUGUUUUGAUUGGUCAAUGGGCUGCAUACCCCUUAUUAAAUCAGUCAGUGACUGGAGAAUAAUUGCACUAGCAGCACUUUGGUUCUGCCUAAUUGGCCUGAUAUGCCAAGCUCUAUGCUCAGAAGACAGCCAUAGGAGAAGAAUUCUUACACUGGGACUGGGGUUCCUGAUUAUCCCUUUCCUUCCUGCAAGUAACCUGUUCUUUCGAGUAGGAUUUGUUGUUGCAGAAAGAGUCAUCUACCUUCCCAGUAUUGGAUAUUGCAUUCUGUUUAUAUAUGGAUUUAGUUUAUUGAGCAAACAAGCCAAGAAAAAGAAAAUUCUUACUGCUGCUAUACUGGGAAUCUUGUUGAUAAACGUGAUGCGCUGCAUUAUCCGCAGUAAUCAGUGGAGAUCUGAAGAACAACUUUUUAGGAGUGCUCUGUCUGUGUGUCCUCUCAAUGCGAAAGUGCACUACAAUGUUGGCAAGAAUUUGGCUGAUAAAGGCAAUCAAACAGCUGCUAUCAAAUAUUACCGGGAAGCUGUAAGGUUGAAUCCCAAAUAUGUACAUGCCAUGAACAACCUUGGAAACAUCUUGAAAGAAAGAAAUGAGCUCCGGGAAGCAGAGGAGCUGCUGUCCUUAGCUGUGCAAAUACAGCCUGAUUUUGCUGCUGCAUGGAUGAAUUUAGGAAUAGUCCAGAAUAGUUUAAGAAGAUUUGAAGAGGCAGAGCAGAGCUAUUGGACUGCAAUUAAACACAGGAAAAUAUACCCAGACUGUUACUACAAUUUAGGACGUUUGUAUGCAGAUUUGAAUCGCCAUGUAGAUGCACUGAAUGCCUGGAGAAAUGCUACAGUUUUGAAACCAGAACACAGUUUGGCCUGGAACAACAUGAUCAUAUUGCUUGACAAUACAGGCAAUUUAGCACAAGCAGAAGCGGUUGGAAGAGAGGCCCUGGAAUUGAUACCUAAUGAUCAUUCUCUUAUGUUUUCUUUGGCAAAUGUAUUGGGGAAAUCUCAGAAAUACAAGGAAUCUGAAGCUUUGUUUCUCAAGGCAAUUAAAGCCAAUCCAAAUGCAGCCAGUUACCACGGUAAUUUAGCUGUGCUUUACCAUCGCUGGGGAAAUCUUGACUUAGCCAAGAAACACUACGAAGUCUCUCUGAAGCUUGACCCUACAGCACCCGGGACCAGGGAAAAUUACAACCUCUUGAAAAGAAAACUGGAACAAUUGCAAAAGAAAAGCGAUGUCUGAUGUUUCUUUCUGGGUUGUCAGUGCAUGCUGCAUACCAUUCAUGCUACAUGGCUACUCUUAACCAUGUGAAGGUUUCAGUCAUUGUUCUUAAAAAUAAUAAUGACAGCACCAGCAAUGCACACUUGAAUGCACAUGCCUGAUAUGGUCUUGCAUUGGAAAUUUAUUUUUUCAAAUAACUCAGCUGUGGAAUCUUAAAAUGUCAGCUGAAGACUUAGGUAUCUUUUAUCUCUCUUUUUUUUUUUUUGAAAUCUCAACUGUUUUUCCAGUCCAUUAAAACCAUUGAUAUAAGAUACUAAUGCAGGGUGGAAUUUCACAACUGUGCUUCACAGCACAUCGAUAACAAAGUUUACUUUUACAUGUAGCUUGCAUAGUCUAUCUGACUUUUUAGUAACUGUGGACACUUAAAAUGCAAUUUUACUCUGAAAAGUAACUGAAAAAAUGGCAUUUCCUAUUUAAAAUUUUUUAUCUCUGCAUGUGUAAGGUUAUACCUGUUCCUGUCAGUGACUCUGGCUUUUUUUACUUUUCCUUGUUCCUAUCUUCACCUGGGAGGUGAUGCACUUUUUGUAAGAGCAAAAUUGGAUUUUAAUCCAAUGCAUCAAGAGAAUUGUUAAAUAAGUUAUAAUUGUUGGGCUAAAUUAUGCCCUCAUUUGUACCUGAGCUGUCUCUUUGAAGGUAAUAGGGCUUAUAUAGGUAAAUGAGGGCAUGGUUUGACAAUGAUCUGCAUAGUGGUCCCACAUGACUGCCUUCUGUCAAGGUAUAGAAUGAAAGGAGCUUUAGGGGGGAAAAGUCCUACCAAAGUAAUGCACUGGCUCAACAGGGUAGUGAUUUAAAGAAGAAAUAUGACCACAAUACAAGAGAGAUGCUUUAAUUUAGCCUUCUUUCAGGCAGCCUCUGUUCAGACAAUUCACAUAGAUCUUUAGCAAAAAGUUAUGGUUUUCUUCACCUUUGUGCUAGGUUGGUGGUGUAUACACAGCGUACUUUCUGCUAGGGGUUAGCCACUGUCUAUGGACAUUAUAGUAUCCACUGAUUCAAAUAAUAGAAAUUUAAAGUCCCAGUAUCAACGACAAACUUAGGAACAAAGCCAGGGCACAGGUGUUAGUGACUGCAGAUCCUGGCCUGUAGAAGCCUUUGCUACUGAUUGAUGCAAGAGUUAAGGGAAACCUAGAUUCAGCUUCAUGUCUCCAGGUGAGUUUGCUGAUGUGGCAGUUGUGGGGUGGGG